UGCGCGUUGCUAUGGUGACGUCGCGGCCUGCCUGCGGACGCUCCGUCGGCGCUGGCAGUGGAGCGUCCUUUGCGUUGCCCCAGUCAGUUGAAUGAGCCCAGGUAGCUCGGCCGCGCCAUGAACAGGUAGCCUAGCACCAGCACUGCUUUUUUUGUUUUGCGUCGAGGGGGUUUCGAGGAUAUGGCGCAGCGCGGCUCUAGAGUCUAACCCUCUCCUUCUUCUUCCCUCCGCCCCCUAUCUAGGUUUAAUAUUGUCUUGGGCCAGGGGAUACCCAGGCCGACAGCCCCCAAGGUAGGAGACCCCACCCCACCCCACGUAUUUAAAGGUGCCCUUCCUUUUUAACCUGUAGCUCUUAAUAAAAGCUGCAAUAAUAGUAGUAAUAAUAAUAAUAAUAAUUGACAACGACGACAAUGCAGUUCAGUGGGAAAGCUGGCUACUGUACCACCACCACCAAGGAAAAUGCUGUGUUUUUAGUUAUUGUAGCAGCAACAACAACAACAAAUUCUUGACAACAACGACAAUGCAAUUCAGUGAUAAAGCUGGCUGCUGCUGCACCACCACCGCCACAUAUUAUUAUGUUGUUAAUAAUAAUAACAAUAAUAAUUUAUUAUUUAUACCCCGCCCAUCUGGCUGGGUUUCCCCAGCCACUCUGGGUGGCUUCCAACAAAUACUAAAAUACAGUAACCUAUUAAACAUUAAAAGCUUCCCUAAACAGGGCUGGGGAAACCCGCCCUGUUUUUAAUUAUUGUAGCAAUAACAACAACAACAACAAAUUCUUGACAACAACGACAAUGCAAUUCAGCGAGGGAAAUGGCUGCUGCUGCACCGCCACCGCCAAGGAAAAUGCCGUGUUUUUUAAUUAUUGUAGCAACAAGCAGAAUAAAUUCAGCAAGUGCCGCCCUCCUCUCUGUUGGCAGCACCGCCAUGCUGAGGAGUUCUUCCCGCCGUCUGUUCACGUUCUCCCUGUUAGAACCACAGCAGCCCUGCAAGCGAUGAACAAAAGAAACAUUGAGAUGUCUAGUGCAGCCUUUUUCAACGUUGGGCCCCCUGAUAUUGUUGGACUACAAAUCCCAUCAUCCGUAGCCAGACAGGACAGCAGGCAGGGGUGAUGGGAGCGGCGGUCCAACAACGCCUGGGGACCCAAGGUUGAGAAAGGCUGGUCUAGUGGAUCUGGUGUGUAACUUCCCUGUCCAGUGUGUAAUGUUUUAUUGUGUUUUUACUAUUUUUUUGUUGGGAGCCACCCAGAGUGGCUGCAGCAACCCAGUCAAAUGGGUGGCAUAUACAUACAUUGCCGUUGUUGUUGUUGUUAUUCCAGAAUAGGCACCCCUGGGUGGUGGCAGUUGCAGCUCUAGCUCCAGUGAAGGCUUGGUACCACUAACACAUUCACUUAGUUUUCUUAGUUUUCUACACAAUUGCUAAUAAAAUCAAUUUAUUUGACAGUUGAGGGUGGUAAUGGGAAAUAAUCUCUUCACAAUCUCAUUCAUUUUAAUAUUUGUGAUUGAAAAACAGACUUAAUUAGUUGUGUAUGCUGAGGGGGGCUGCGUGGAAAUUCUGUUAGUGGUUAUGGAUUUGGAAUCCAGGACUUAGGGAUAAUGGUCAAACCUUCUGCAGUCAAAAGGAAGUGAUAUGUUUGUGGUGAUAUUAAGCAUAUACACAUUUAUUGAUUUACUAGACUUGCAUACUAUUCCAUAGCAGAAUACCCUUAGUGGUGCCUGUUUCACAUUCUCCCCCACCCUAUUCAAAUGUUGGCUGUGGGGCCGCAUGAGUCAUUAAUCAAAGGUUGGUUAUGAUCUACAAAGCAGUUAAGUUGGCUUGUUCCCAUUUGAAAUCAAGCCAGGCUUGCUGAAUUCAGUUUGCCAACUUAAAUGGAUUUCAGAUUAUGUAUAUGAUGAUUAGCAGAGGCUCUAGUGUCCUGUAGAAAUAACAGCUGUUGCACACGUGAUGGGCACCGUAUUAUGUAUUACAGAAAUUUAAAUCUGAACACACUGUACUGAGAGAGGAAGACUUACAGCCAAGAGUUCUGAUCUUAUGGCUUACCUGUUGAUGUGACAAUAGAGUUGGGAAGGUCAUGUGGCAACUAUUAAUGAGGUUACUUCUACUUUGAAUGCAAAGUGGAGUCUGAUUUCCUGAAGAACAUCCUGACCCAUGCAGAGCAAUGUGACUCUAAGUGGAUCCUAGAAUUAUCUUUCCCUGAAUAUAUGCUAAUUCCCCAGAGAGGUAGCAUUCACAAAAGCUGUUUCGGCUGUUACUACAAAAAUUAUGCCUCUGCAGUUACAUGCUAUACCUUAAUUGAGGUGCUUAGAUGAGCGCUGCAUAAUAUACAUUCGCAAAGCAGAUAUAUCAGUGGAGCCAUACAUCAAAAGUAAAUGUUUUUGUCUUCCAUUGUUUUAGAUGUAAACAUUUUACCUUAUCACACAUAAGUUUUACCCUUUAAAAGUUGUGAGGAAUUAUUUCCCUAUGUUUUAAAUAGAAUAUUAAGCAUUAUUGCUGUUUGAGAUUUCUAAUAUAUCUGUUAUAUAACAGAUACACACACCAAAAAAAUAUGUUGGGAUAUAGGUGAUCAAUCAUAUUUUCUUUACUUAAGCCAGGGGUCAGCAACCUUUUUCAGCCAUUGGCCAGUCCACCAUCCCAUAGACCAUGUGGUGGGCCGGACUAUAUUUUUUUUGGGGGGGAUGAACAAAUUUCUAUGCCCCACAAAUAACCCAGAGGUACAUUUUAAAUAAAAGCACACAUUCUACUCAUGUAAAAAUACCAGGCAGGCCCCACAAAUAACCCAGAGAUGCAUUUUAAAUAAAAGCACACAUUCUACUCACGUAAAAACACGCUGAUUCCCAGACUGUCAGCGGGCCAGAUUGAGAAGGCGAUUGGGCCGUAUCCGGCACACGGGCCUUAGGUUGCCUACCCCUGGCUUAAGCAAACACUUUCACACUAGAAAUGGCACAAAUUACAUUAUUGAAGAAGUGCAACAUCCAUUACAGCCUAGUUGCUGCUAUGUUCACCCACAUUUUAUGCUAGCUAUGUUAAUUAUAUGGAAAUUAAAUAUGGAAAUUAACAACUGUCUGUCACUUGUGUUUCCAUGGCAGCCUACAAUGCUGAACAAGUAGGCCAUUUCUGGUUAUGAUUCUUUCUGUCUCUUAAAAAUGAUAAAGCUGUUGAAAUUUAGGAAUUUGAAGGUAAGGACAAGAAACUUGUGCACAAUCCUAGAGCAUGCAAGGCAGCCAGUGUUGGAAUUUCAGGAAAGACUUUCCAUGGUCUGAUGAACAAAAUGAUUUUGAAAGCAGAGUGAUUGGUAGAAGCAGAGGGCCAAAGUGAGAUAAUGAAAGUCCAAAGAGGAGAAAACUGUAGUAGUCAAGGCAAAAAAAAAAUUUGCCAGCUUGAUGUGACUCAGUGUUCUGUCAAAGAGGCAGAUAGAAAGGGCUAUGUUUUUGUAAUGCUGUAAAGAGAGAAUUGACCUGGUAUUGUGAUGGCCUAAAUUGUGUGUCAAGGAAGGAAGGAAGUCAAAGAUAAAACCAAGGAUUUUAACUGAAAUCAUUUGACAUUAGGAUGACAUGUAUUCCAUAUUCUUAUGUCUUUUUCUGUUCAACCAGUAAUUAUCUGUAUAGAGUAAGUGUACUGUCAGCACUUCAGCAUCAGUUACAUUUUUUCACAAUUCCCUUGAUUGUAACCUUAUCUUAAAAAUUGGUAUAUAUUCUAUACUGAAAUUAUUUGGUUCCAACUGUCUGUUGAAACUCUUUUAGUAUGCUGAGUAAGGCAGUGUUAAGGGAGUGAAUCUAGCAGACUUCACCAGUUGCAAUUACACACAGAGUGAUGCUUGUAGGUAAGAAACAUAAAAAGGACUUUAUGGUAUGAAAUACGUACCGUACUUGGAUAGAAGAGUUCCUAAUUCUAGUCUAACUAGUCUGUAGUAGAGAAAGGCAGCUGUGGUGGCUUCUUUGUUCCCUUGGAGGAUGGUUCCAGCAUGAUGUCUCAUUUUGAGGUCUAAGAGAGAAGUGAAAGUAACAGGAAGUUGCAAAACAGAGCACAACCAGAGAAUAUCAGUCUAAAUGUAACGUCAGAAGAGAUGGAGGGAGCUCAGGAAAUCUGGAGGUCCCUAACCCUUUCUGUCUUAAACCAUGCCAAACCCCUCUUCUGCAUGCUGAGUUGCACCCAAAUUUCCAACACUCCCCAAUUCACAUUUAGAAACAAAAAAUAUAAUAUUGUUUCAGAUGCAAGGUGUUGUUAACAACCAUGUGGCUGGGGGUGGGGAGGAGAUUAGGAGUCGGGUCUUUUUGAUACCUGAAGAACUCACAAUUUGCAGAGAAAGGCAUUCAUCACUAGUGGCCAAAAUUGUGGAAACCUUUUGGGGAAAGUGUAUUUCCGAGGUUUGAUGGCUCAUAACAACCCCCCCCCUUUUUUAGUAAUACCAUAAAAUGAUAUAUCAAUAGAAAGAUAAUUUAAUGAAGAAUGUAAUGCAACAACGUUUGUUCAGUUAUCUGUAUUCUAUCAAAAGUUACAGCCAAAUAACCAGAAAAACGAAGCACAGCUUGCUUAGGUUGAUAUGCUGUAGCUUUCCUUCAUUUGAAUGUAGCCAAAGAGCAUGAGUGUUUAGAGAGCCAAUCAGGUGUUCUGAGCCAACAAAGCUCAGGAAUACACUUUUUUCCCAAAAGGUUUCCACAAUUUUGGCCACUAGUGUACUUUGGUGUGUCUUUUUAUAUAUUUCUCCCUUUUGUGAAUGCUCCCUACUUAGUUUCAGUAAAAAGUCAACUAAGAAACAGUGUUUGGAAACUUUCUGGGGCCUCUUUUGCCGGCCAUACUGCAUUGUAUAUAAUAUAGUCAUCUUAUUUGCUCCUAGUAAGCUUCUUAAAAAUGCCAUUUGGAAUCUUUCCUCUACAUCUUUUUAGGUUUCUGGAAUGAUGGAAGUGAUUGCUCCUGAAGGUAUUUGCAUUAAACAAUGCAUUUGAAAGUACUUUCUUAUAGCUCCUUAUAUUCUAAAAAACUAACAAACAAACUCUACCCUCUUCCUUUUAAGCCUUUUUCCUUAAAAAAAAAGUCAUAAGAAUUCUUAAUAUGUCCCCCCCCUCCUUCUUAAUGGUUUUAUUGAUAUUUCAGAGCUAAGAGUGCAACCUUAUACUUGUCCACUUGGAAGUAAGUCCCAUUAAGGCUGUGUACACAUUACCAGCUUAAAAAGCAGCUGUGUCAUUACUUUUCUCAAUUCAGAUCAAAGCUAGGUUGGAGGGGGGAUGCAUCAAAAUGCAGUAUUUCAUAAAAAAUGACAAGAUAGAUAUGUGGAUAACACCAUGUGCACACCACUUUCCAAACCAGUGAUGGGAGUGCUGUGCACGCAGAGCAAAUGGGGCUGAGUACACAGCUUUGAGUUAAAUGGUGCUUACUUACAGAAGUGUGUAUAGAACUAUAGCAGGCUGCAACUGGAUAGCCACUGCCUUGGAAACAAACCUUGUUUAACUCAAUGGGCCUUACUUUUGAGUACACAUGUAGAGGAUUGCAUUCUAAUAGAAGUUAUUGGCGUGAAUGUGCCCAUUUUCACCUGUGAAUUGUGAAAUUGCUAUUCCUGUUCUGUGGAGAGUUGUGCUACUCAAUGAAAACAUGUGCACAGCAAAUGUUUCAUCGUCCUUCUCUUAAAUAAGAGCCACACAUCCUGUGUUGUGUUUUAAAUCACAGAAAUUCCCCUGCAUCCAAGUCACUUCCAUAUAUUGAAAUGUAAUGUAGCCAGGGUUUAUAUACAUAGUUUCCCAAAUUAGUUUUUAGCCACGGGGUACUGUUAGCCUCAUGACACAAAUUGUAACAAAUAAAAGAUUUAUACUUCUAUGGUAGGCACGGAUAUAUUAGUCAAGCUGUACCAAGGAUGGCAAAGUUUAGAAGAGAAGUGGAGGUAAAAAAAUGUGGCUUAAUUGUGCAUAUCCCCCAACCCUAAUCAGGAGGCAAACAUUUGGAAGAACAUAAAACACAGAAGCAGGGCUGUCAGGAACCAUACUGUGCCUUUGGAGCUUCACAGUUAAUUCCAGUUCCUACCCUUGGAUAUUGAUUCUGGGUCAGAGGAACAGGGACAUCAGCCAUAGGCCUCGGAGAGCACAGAGGUGACUGCAGAAGGUGCAGUGGAUAGAAGGAUUUCUGCCACUUCCCAAAGGAAGAAGAGAGGUGUGGUGGUGGUCGGUGACUUUCUACUGAGGGGGACAGAGAUAGUGAUGUGUGGACCUGAUAGAAUGUCCCAGGAGGUAUGCUUUCUUCAUGGUCAGGGACGUCAAGCCAAAGUUGUUGGGCUUUUUAGGGGGGCACAUGCCAUAAAUUGCUAAACAAGUAGUAAUUACGACAGCGGUAACUCCUUCUUCCAUUCUUGUAAUCGUGCGCAAAUGAAGGACAGAGCAAGAGGGGAAUGCUCUUUUUCCCUGCGGAGGAAUAUGAGCGCACAAUCGACUGCUAUCAACCAGGGAUCAACCUGUUGAUUGCGGUCGACCGGUUGGACAUCCCUAUUCUAGGUGCAAAGAUUCAACAUGUGACAGAGAGGCUGCCAACUCUCAUCGAGCCCACUGACCAUUACCCUUUUCUUUUUAUCCAUGUGGAUACAAAAUGAUACUGACAGACACAGUCUUCAAUGUGUUGCAAGGGACUAUGAGACUCUGGGUGGGAAGCUGAAAGGAUCCUGUGGCACAAGUGGUUAUUUUAUCAUGCCUUCCUGUUGAAGGUCAUGGUCCAGGAAGAGAAAGAAAAAUACUGGAAGUAAAUAACUGACUGCACAGAUGGUGUCAUUGGGAAAGAUUUGGCUUCCUGGACCAUGGUCUCCACUUCCAUGAAGAAGGACUUCUGGCAAGAGAUGGGUUGCACCUGACAGCAGUUGGCAAAAAUGUGUUAGGAAUCUCACAAACUUUAUCAGGAGAGCUUUAAACUGAAUCCUGAGGGGGAAGGAGACAAUAUUUCAGAGCACAGGGGGGACACCAAAUACUGGGGAUAAUAACUUUAUUGGUGUACAGGAACCUGCUUAUGGGCAGGGGGGGGGAAACCAAGAAGGAAGCAGCUUGAGGGAAUGACUUGUUCCCAUUUUCUCUAUACUAGUACAUAGGGCAUGGGGAAUAAACAAGAUGAACUUGAGCUCUGGCAUUACUGAAACCUGGUGGGAUGAGAUACAGGACUGCAAUGUAGUAAUUGAGGGAUAUAACUAAUUCAAAAGGAAUAGACCAAACAGGAAGGGAAGAGGAGUAGCGUUGAAUGUAAAGGAUGUGUGUACCUGUGAGGAGAUCCAUGACCUGGAACAGGAGAGUAUGGGGAGAGCAUUUUGAUAAAAACUUGUAGGGGAGAGAAACAAUAUGUCUCCUAAGAAUUUUUUUAAAAUGAAAUGCAUCUCAAAAGUUUAUCAAUUUAAUGUUAUACUCUGUCAUGCUGAAUUUAUACAUUGAAAACAUGCAGAUUUGGUUUAAGGAGAUCAUGCAAAAUACACUCAAACUUUUUGUUUUAGAUGGAUUUGUCCUAGAAACACGUUUGCCUUUGCCAAGGUAAGGAAAGGAAGAUGGGUUCUUGCCAUUGUUAAGUUUAUCCUUUUGAGAAUUUGUGAUCAGACCCCAACCUUCCCAGUUUCAGCAAGGUGGUGGCCUUACAUGCCUUCAAGGCAUAUCCUAGGACAGGCUUCCUCAAACUCGGCCCUCCAGAUGUUUUUGGCCUACAACUCCCAUGAUCCCUAGCUAGCAGGACCAGUGGUCAGGGAUGAUGGGAAUUGUAGUCUCAAAGCAUCUGGAGGGCCUAGUUUGAGGAAGCCUGUCCUAGGAUAUUUUGAUCUCUUCUUUCCCUGCAUUCUUUUAUAAGACACUAGCAGCUCUCUCCUCCUGCCCAUCUCUACAAGUUGAAAAUAAGGCCAUGUACACAUUGCCAGCUUAAAUGAAGUCAGGGGUUUUGUGUUUGUGUGUGCUCUAUAUUUCAGUUCAGUUCAAAUUUACACAUCAUUGUGAGCAUCACUACUCUUUGAUUUGUUUCCACAUCACUCCCUGCCCAUCCACACCAGUGGGCAGAGAUGGGGGAGCGAUGUCUUCACCUGAUUGACUUCUCCACCUCUCCACCCACCCUCAACUCCUAAUCAUGAAGCUUUCCUCCCUUCAACCCUGUCCCCCUACAAAUCAUCCUCAUGCAGCCUACUUCCAAAUUAAGUGUAGAAGCUUAAGAAAUCAGCCUGAUGGUGGAGCCUUGUACACAACUACUCAGAAGUACUCCUCAUUUAGUUCAAUGAGGCUUACUCUCAAGCAGGGCUAGGAGUACAUCUUAAGGUGGCAAACCUAACACCUCCUACCUGAGAGUAAGCCCAACUGAAUUCACUAAGUCUGAGCAGGCAUGGUUAGGAUCAUGCUAUUAAUCUAAAGUGCCAGAAAACUCAUUGCGGUCUUUACUACAGGGUAGUGCGAAAAUACUGUUGAAGUGGGUAUCUAUUUUUAAUGAGUAGGAUAAAAUAAAACUCUUAAAUUAAAAUAAAAUAGGGAACAGUUCAGGUAAAGAGGAUUUGUCAGAGGAAAGAGACUUCUCUAACUCCCCCUACCCAUAUUGACAUCAGACAUGUAGAACCAGCCCCAACUCACAGCCUCAAAUGUGCUCACCUGGGUUUCACUACACUUUCAGUAUUGCUACCAUUCUCAAAUUGGAAUGAAGCUAGUUUGCAAUGAAUCGCAUGAAAGCACAGUAUUUUUACAAGAAACUACAGGAUAGCUCUAGAUUGUUGCUAAUUCCAUGUGUGCGUGGAUUCAAAACCUAGUGGGGCAGUGCAGUGGAGAUGGUCGUGUGCACAGCCUAAAUCCAACUGAUCGAAUGGAACUUAUGUAUAUGGAAGUAUUCUUAUGACUACAGCUGAAAGACCGGAGUGCAUGUUACAUGAAAAUACUGUAGCACGCGUAAAAACUAUUUUAAAAGAAAAGCUGUGAAGGUCAGUUGCCUGUUCUGAACAGGGUCUCAUUCCUUCCUGAAGAACCACAUACGUAGCUUAUGGGUGAACCAGGAUCCAUAUUUGUCACUAGAGACCCAAAGAGCCUCAGUAGCUCAGAGCAGCUUUAGCUGGUGUGCCAAUCAUAACCGUCCUUGGACAGAGAUAGCUUGUCCACAGAGGUCCAUACAAUGAUAACCUCAGGGUUGGAUUGUUGCAUCAUGCUCUGUGUAGACCCAUAAAGCUGGUCCACAUACUACAGGCUGGUGCAGAAUGCUGUGACGAAGUUGCUAUUCAGAGCAACCUACCUGCAGCAUGUAACAUGGUUGUUUAGGGAUUUGCACUGGCUGUCAGUUAGCUACUGGCCAAGUUUAAGGUUUUACUAUUGGUGUAUAAAGCCCUUAACAGCCUUGGGCAUGUUUACCCAAGAGACUGCCUUUUCCCAUUAUCAUCCUGCCUGAAUACUUAGGACAUCAAGUAAGGCCAUUUUAUGGGUGAUACAUGCCCUAGGAGUUCAUUUAGGCAGAGGUGGAAAUAGUGAGAACCACAGGAGGAAGAGAUCACAUCCUCUUGGGAUUCACUAUAUAUAUAGGAAAAGGAAAGCUGAGUGUAGUGGAUACAUAUCUUGUACUUUUAAGAAAUAUGAUUUCAAAAAGCUUAAUGAACUGCUGGUUGUGAUCUCAUGGUCAGAAAUACUCAAAAAAAAAAAAGCAGAAAACAAAUAAGGUAGCAUGGUGUUCUGUAGUGUAACAAAGCUUACUGGACUAGCCUUGGACUAGUCUACAAUGCUUUGGUUGUGAUGAAUUCUUAUACUCUAUUAUGUCAAAUAUGAGAAGUAGGCUAGGAUUCAGGCUGAUUUUUAAGCAUCAUAUCAUCUUGAAUAAUCUCCUUAUAUAUGCAACUCGUUUUAUUGUCUUAUAUAGGCAUAGUGGCUUAGGAAGGACUGAUGUAAUGAAGGUAAAAGUUUUUAUUUCAAAUUUGAUAUAUGUUUAUCUUUAAAUGGAAUUGAUAUAUUGGUAUUUAAUGGUUUCUUGGUGUUGUGGUUUUAAUCAGUUGAUUGUACUGAUCAAGAGUCAUAUCUGUGUUUCAGUGUUUUAUUGCAACUUACGGGAAUUCUCACUAGUCAGAGAAAUCACGGUGAAGAAUUUUAGGCAAAAUUACAUGGCAGGUCUUGUGGUUGUUUCUUACUUUUGUCUUUAUUGCAGGAACAGAAGAACAGACAAAAUGGAAGGUUGCAUGUGUUCGGUCCAAAAGGUAAAUCUGCUGAGCUUUUCAAAACUGCACUGAUUUUUAAUCACUGCUUUCAAACCGCACUGCUUUGGGGAGGGGCAUUCUUAGAAUUCUGGAUGCAGGUACAAAAGUGCUAGUAAUUUAGAAAAUCAUAAUUAAAACCAGGGACAAAACUAGGCUUUAUUUGUAUGUCAAAACAAAUUGCCAGUUAAAGAAUAGAAAGCAUUCUUCUGUAAGCAUUAGUAAAUUAUUUGGUUGAUUUAUCUAAUUUCAUUAAUCCAGCAGAAUCCCCAAUGCUGCUUACAUAAAAUAAUGCCUUGGAGAACUUUGUGGCUGUUUCUACUCUUUCUGGUACAUGGCUUUGCUCUAGAAUAGGAUCCUUACUUUCUUCUCUCUGCCCUCCUGCUCCAGUUUGCAGCACUUUUUAAGGUCUGUGAGCAUCAGAGACACAGAAGCCAGCACAGAAACUGGGUCACAUAUGAGCAAUGGUGGUUGGAGCAUCAGUUGCUUCCUGACCUGUGCGCCACUUCUGUGUACACAGCUAGAUACUAUGUUAGUCGUGUGAACACCGUUAUCACAUACAUUUUGUAAGUAAAUAACCAUAUGGGGCUGCAAUAGAAUCAGGCAGGUGGGGAGAAAGAGCUAUGUUCCUCCCCCCACCAAAAAAAACACCCCUUUCCCCUAAAAUGCCUCCCUCCUUACGUAGUCACCCAUGUUGCUUAGCAUCCCAAUUCUGUUCAGGGGGCCUGAUGCUGCUUUUUUUUUACAUUUUUUUAAUGCCUUCACACUAAUUAUAAUCACUCAAUUAAGAUCACAUCUAAUUUGGCCCUUAUUCCUUUCCCCCAAAUAAAUAUUAAGUCUAACAUAUUCAUUCCAACUGUUGUAUGUUGGUCAGCCCCAGCAGUAACUGGAAGCCUUAGCCAAUAGUCUUUUAAUCAGAAUUGGGCUAAUGAGCAAAAAUUGAGGGUUUUCCAUGUGAUUUUUUUUUUUGAGGAAAAUUUGCCUUACAGUGGGGGGAACAGGCUAGAACAAAAACCACUUACUCAAAGAGAUGUUGUAAAUUGUUACCGUAAUUGAUGUUAAGAAAAAAUUGAUAAACUAUAUUACAUUUAUUGCUUAGUUAAAAUUUAAAAUUAUUGUUCUAUAUAUUUUGGGGGGGGAGGGGAUAAUCUGAAUCAGUUGAACCAAAUAUUUCAAUUUAUUUUGUUUUUAGAAGAAGUAGUCCUUGAACCCGUUCAAACAAUUCCACGGUAAGAUCUUUAUUGUGCAGCUUGUAUAUGAUCUGCCUUCUUAACCAGUCAGAGAAAGAUAGUGCAAUUAUUUGUCAUAGAUUACACAAUCCUUUGCAUGUUUACUCACUUAUGUCAGUGGGGCUUACUCCAAAGUAAGUAUACAUGGGAUUGCAACCUCUCUUAUAUUUAAAGAACUAGAAACACAUAUAUUUCUACUUUAACCUUUUGAUUGCCAACAUGGAUGUAUAUAUCAAUAGAUAAGUACUAUCAUUACUCUCAGUGUGGUGUACUCUUACAGCCAGUGUGGUGUAGUGGUUAAGAGCGGUAGUCUCGUAAUCUGGUGAACCGGAUUUGCUUUCCCGCUCCUCCACAUGCAGCUGCUGGGUGACCUUGGGCCAGUCACACUUCUUUGAAGUCUCUCAGCCCCACUCACCUCACAGAGUGUUUGUUGUGGGGGAGGAAGGGAAAGGAGAAUGUUAGCCGCUUUGAGACUCCUUAAAGGGAGUGAAAGGCGGGAUAUCAAAUCCAAACUCCUCUUCUUCUUCUUCACUUAAGUUAGGCUUUCUUUCCAAAUAAGUAUACUUCUGAUUGCGACCCAAAUAUCAAAUAUUAAGAGGGUAUUCCAGAUGAUGCAGCCCAAUACUGAUUAUUGUUGGCUAGCUGAAUCAAAUUCUUUCAGUUUGAGUUUCACUGUUAAAUAAGCUGAGGUUCUGUAAUAACAUAUCCUUGCUCUAUAGUGCUGCAUGUUUUAAAAUAAGUUUUUAGAAGAAGUUGUAUUGAUUGCUCCCCAGCUUGAAUCAUUUAUUUUAUGCACAUACUCUUAUUUGACUUGUUCCUAAUUCAAAAUCAGCCCUUGAUCUUGGCUUCUCAAAAUGUACUUGAAUACAAGAAAAGAAUAAAUAAAUAAAAGGCUGCAGCAGUUGGUUAGAAUCUGCAUUUUAGUGGAAUUAUUAUUCUGCAGUUGAUGUCAAAACUUUUUUGUGAUGGUUCUUUUCCUUCCUUCCUUUAUUAUUUUUUUGAACCAAGGCAGCAUGGGAUGUGGAAAUGAAUCUAUAAGCAGACCUUACACUCCAUCAAAGCAGAUCUUGUUACGUGCAGCUAAAUCCGUAGAAAAGUAAGUCUCACUUCAUUUGCGUUCUUAAUUAAUUUCAUUAUGAGAAGAAAUUGCUGACAAGCUUUUUCAAACAAGCAACCACUGUCCUAUUGUAGAUCCCAACAAGUUCUUGAGGCAUGUGUGGAAGAAAGUGUGGCUUGGUCUGUGUUAUUUUGCUCAUCAUGGGGUGCCGCCUAAACACACACACACAUGGUGAAUUAUUCCUGCUCCAGCUGUGACAUUUAGAAGCACAGAGCUCAGUUGCCAUGCUGAGGGCCUUUGCACCUUGAUCGUCUGUAGCUAUUGGUGACGUACAUUGAUGGUGUGUUCUGCAUGGGAUGGGCUUCCAAAUGUUAUAGGCAGGAAUCUCUUUAUCACAAUAUUUUUGGAGGUCUCUCCAUGGCAAAUGUAACACGUGCAGCAGCCUGCAGUCAGCCACUGGGAAAUACGAAAUUCGUUCUUGUCACUCAAGAUUAAUUGGCAGCAGAUGAGCAAAAGAUAAAGUUGAAAGAGAAUAUUGGGAAGGCAGGCUAAGUUGAAAAGUCGUAACAAAGAGGUUAUGCCAUUUAUCCAGGAGCUCCAUAUGGCUGGGUGGCGCUGUAAAGGUUUGCUUGCCAUCAAACUGUCUCAGUUGUUUUUUCUGAAUCGUUUAGGAUUGUUUCAGCGUAGAAGAGAAUGAGGCGGUCUCUAGCAUUUGUGGAACUCCAUGUAACUUGAGCUUGUUCUCUGCACAGGGAAUCAUUUGCAUGCUUGCACUGGCAUAAGAAUCAGGCAGCUCAGUACCAGAUUAGAUAUGAUGUUAAAUUCAUUUUUGUAUCUAAAGCACGCACUUUUGAAAAUGCAAAUUACUGCUGCGGGAGUUGAUAGUUAUAAGAGACCAGUGCAGGCAAGGAGAAGGAGCUUAACCCUUGCCUCACCACUGUAGUCCCUAUUCAUUUCAAAAAGCAUCCUUCUGGAGCUGCUAUUUGCAUUAAGAGGAAAUGCAAAUAGCUUCAAAAGGGUGGUUUUUCAAUCUCAAGAUUGCAACAGGAGGGAAGUCCCUCCCCUACUUCCUGUGAUUCCAGUAAUUAUCAGCCCGCCUAAUAGCUAUUAUUUGCAUUUUAAAAACAUGGAUAUUAAAUGCAAAUAAUGCCUUUAACAUCAAGUCUAAUUUUGUUUUCAGAUAACUAUUUUUACUGGAUACCACUCCAGCUGUAUUGAACCUGGCAUAUACCUGAAAGCAUAUUAUCUCUGUAGUCUCAAAAAUGUAUGAUUUCUUUUUUUUUUGUCUCCCCUUGGAUAACACUCACAAUAUUUAGGGGGAAUACUUUAAAAAGAAUUGCAAGAAAUAAAAAUCCAAAGAUGAGUGUAAGAUUGCCUGACCGCAUAGAAGAAGAGACAGGUGAGAUUUAUGUUGCAUAUGUUUAUAUAUGUAUAUAGAACCUAUGCAGGUCUGUGUUACUAGACUGCAAACUAGGAGAGUAGAGUUCAAAUUAUCCCUCAGCCAUGUGCAGACCAGAUCCAAGCACUGUUUGAGAAUACUGAUUUUCUAGAUCCAUUUCAGUUGGGGGUUAGGCCCAGUUUUGCCAUCGAAACUGCUUUGGUCAUGAUGACUUCUGUCAGAAGAGAGACAAAGGAAAUGUGUCCUUGGAAAUUCUCCUCGACCUCUCAGUGGCUUUCAAUGUCACCAGCCGUGGUAUUCUUCAGUAAUGCAACAAUAAUGCAUCAGUGGUAGAGUUAGACUGGGCUGUCCAUAAAUCACUCUGCCUUAUUAGUUGUUCUGUGAUGCCUCCCUAAUGUCAUCACAUUACUACCAUCUGGAAGGGCAGUCUUGCACUGUAAUGCAGCUAAAGUGGGACGAGAAACAGCAACCCAGGAAAAAUUGUGUUAGGUAAAGUUGCAGGGUUUCAGCGGGAAGUUACAGGAGGUGCACAGAUUAGAAACAAAAGCAGCAUACCACCAGGUAGCCUCUGCAGGUGCAAACAGUAUUAAAAGACAAAUAGCGUAUAAAGGUAAAGGGACCCUUGACCAUUAGGUCCAGUCGUGGCUGACUCCGGGGUUGCGGCGCUCAUCUCGCUUUAUUGGCCGAGGGAGCUUCCGGGUCAUGUGGCCAGCAUGACUAAGCCGCUUCUGGCGAACCAGAGCAGCGCGCGGAAACGCCGUUUACCUUCCCAUUUGCCUAUUUAUCUACUUGCACUUUGACGUGCUUUCGAACUGCUAGGUUGGCAGGAGCAGGGACCAAGCAACAGGAGCUCACCCUGUCGCGGGGAUUCGAACCGCCAACCUUCUGAUCGGCAAGUCCUAGGCUCUGUGGUUUAACCCACAGCGCCACCCGCAUCCCUCAAAUAGUGUAUAAUUGCCCUAAAACCACCAUAAGCACAAAUCAUAAUGAGUGCACCAUAGAAAAGAUAUCUAGAAGGGCCCCAAGUCAAACCAUUGGCUCAUCUAGGGCAGUGAUUUGUAGCUUCUUCCCAUGGUUUGUCAGGAGUCUUUCCCACCUUUCCUGGAUUCGCUUAGUAUCAAGCCUGGGAUUUUCAGCAUGCAGAGCAUGUGCUUUAUCACUGAGCUAUGACCCCUUCACACUUGAAAGUACCUUUGCUGAACAUGAUUCAUCUUGAUAAAGUGGAAUCUACGUGAGCAACAAGCAUUCUGUAUGCUUUCUGCAUCAAGAGGGAAUCCUCGCCAACUGUCUUUUCUUUGGCAUCAUUUAUUUUGUAGUUCCAUUUAUUUUGUGUUCUCUCUACCUGCAUUGAUAGGCCAUAUCCCAGUGGCAGUGAUGCUCCCAAGAAGCAUUUUAAAGCGUGUCGGUGUCCUAAUAAUCUCUGCAGAGAGUGAGAGAGCACUAUUCCUACAUUGGCUCCCAGUACGUUUUCGAACACAAUUCAAAGUGUUGGUGCUGACCUUUAAAGCCCUAAACGGCCUCGGUCCAGUAUAUCUGAAGGAGCGUCUCCUCCCCCAUCGUUCUGCAUGGACACUGAGAUCCAGCACCGAGGGCCUUCUGGCGGUUCCCUCACUGCGAGAAGCCAAGUUACAGGGAACCAGGAAGAGGGCCUUCUCGGUAGUGGCGCCCUCCCUGUGGAACACCCUCCCAUCAGAUGUCAAAGCGAUAAACAACUACCUGACAUUCAGAAGACAUCUGAAGGCAGCCCUGUUCAGGGAAGUUUUUAAUAUGUGACAUUUUAGUGUAUUUUUCAUCUUUGUUGGAAGCCGCCCAGAGUGGGCGGGGUACAAAUAAUAAAUUAUUAUUAUUAUUAUUAUUAUUAUUAUUAUUAUUAUUAUAUUCUAUAUACCCUGGCCUUUACUGAAGCUCUGCACACAUCAGAGCAGGAGUAGGAUGCGGGUGGCGCUGUGGUCUAAACCACUGAGCCUCUUGGGCUUGCCGAUUGGAAGGUCACGGUUCAAAUCCCGGUGGUGGGGUGAGCUCCUGUUGCUCUGUCCCAGCUCCUGCCAACCUAAUGGUUAGAAAGCGCACCAGUGCAAGUAGAUAAAUGGCGGGAAGGUAAAUGGACCUCAAUGAAGGAAGAUGAGGACUGUAUAGACAUUGUAGUUUCUGAGUUGAAUUCAAUAUGAGCUGACAUCGUGCACUUUUUUCUUGGCAGGGAAAAAUACAUUUCUGUUACUAUAUGCUAGCUUCAUUAGACUAUCAAACAUGUUGUUGAAAUAUGAAAUAGUAUGGAUUUCUCUACCCUAAAGACAUAAAUUUGAGGGGGGAAAUAUUGUUGCUGUUGAAUUGCGGUGCAUUUUAUCUCUUACUUCUGCUUUCUCUUCUCCCAGAAAUUCAUAAUGAUCAACAAUUAGAAACUGAUUUACAGAGGCUGAAUCAUGAAACUAAGAUAACUGAGGUGAAAACAGAAUUGGAAGUCAAUGGUUGGUUCAAACAAAAUAUAUUUCAUUUAUUAAUCUCUUUCAGCUUCUGUGGCUAUAAAUUAUGUCUAGAUUUAGUUAAGCAUAAUAUCAAAAAGGUAUUUUCUUGAUUGAUAGAUGCCAUUAAUUUGUGUGUUUCAUCUUAAUUCGAACCUCAUGGAUAUAGUGUAAGCUUCAGUGAAAGGUACUACCACUAAGGAAUACUUUUAACCUUGUCUUUAUUGGUGCUGAUCUCCUUACUAAAGUAUGCUUUAGCCCAAAAUGUAGUCUUGUUAUAUUGUUGUUUGUUUGUUUUUCAUAAAAUUUAUACACUGCUGGACCAUAAAAAAACUUCAAGCGGUUUACGAAAGGUGAAACAGCAAAAUCAAGAAAAAUCCACAACCGGACUUUAAAACAUACAAAAGUUAAAAUACUAAAGUAGAUAAAAUUUACUUCCUAAGCAUCUGGGUAGGCUUGUCUACACAAGAAUGUUUUUAUUAAUGACGCGCACUUCACCCCAAAGUCCCAUGGUGGGUUACAGCGUUAAAAACCCAAUAUUAAAAGCAGUUUAAACAACUUACAAUCACAAAAAUAAGGUGGGUCCUAAAAAUAUACACCUCAGGUGUCAAAAGUCAGGAUAAAGAGAUGGAUCUCCAGCAUUUGCCAGAAGCUGUUCAGUGAAGGUAUCAGAUGCACCUCUGUGGGGAGGGAGUUCCACAACUCAGGGGCCGCCACAGAGAAUGCCCUCUCCCGGGCUGUCACCCUCCCCACAAGCCUCUGGGGGCUGAGGAACUCCCAAGAAGGCACCCUCUGCUGAUCUCGGUGCUCAGUAUGGUCUGUAGGAAAGAUUUCCCCCCCAGAUAUUAUGAUAUGGGCGGAGAGAUUCUGGUCUGCCCAUAGCAACAUUGCUAUUUUUGGAGCUGUUCUUGUAGCAUCACAGCUAGAUAAAUCAAUAUAGAGGCAUUGCUCACCUCAACUUUCAUAGUUCUGGUUAUUGUUGUUAUUAAUUACAGACAUAAACAAAGGGAAGCUUAAUACAUGUUACAAAGAGCUUUAUCUUAAAAGAAGCAGUGAGCCAGUGUGGUGCAGUGGUUAAGAGUGGUAGACUCGUAAUCUGGUGAACUGGGUUCGCUUCUCCGCUCCUCCACAUGCAGCUGCUGGGUGACCUUGGGCUAGUCACACUUCUCUGAAGUCUCUCAGCCCCACUCACCUCACAGAGUGUUUGUUGUGGGGGAGGAAGGGAAAGAAGAAUGUUAGCCGCUUUGAGACUCCUUCGGGUAGUGAUAAAGCGAGAUAUCAAAUCCAACUCUUCUUUUGAGUAUGUGAGAAAGGAAGCAGAUUGCCUUCUCUAAGAUGGUGUCUGCCACUUCUGGAGAUACAUGAAUUGGGCCACCAUCUUUCAGUUUCACUGUACCUUUAUUUCUUCUAUUAUUAUCAUUAUCAAUAGCUGACAGGUAAACUGUUGCAAGUGGUGUGUUUUUCCUUCCUUUAAGGAAAUUCUGACUUUUAAGGUGCAGUUGCUCAACGCAUAUAGCCCUUUUUGCUGCCUUCGAUUACAUCUUUGUGAGCUAACUCUCAUGUCAUAAAUUGUAUGUGAUGUCGUGGCUCGUCAACCCUACUAAAUAAAAGUCCAGGCUCAUGUGGAUUUUUAAAUUUGGGAGUGUCAUGUGAGGACUGACUAGGCUGGCAGAGGUGUAGCAAAGCAAUGGAACCAAAGAUACUUGGUAUGUGAAUUUCAUGAUCAAGACAGGAGGAAGAGAUAGCAGUACAGAUUUGGCAGAGCUGUCAAGAAAAGAGGAAAGUUGUUUGUUUGUUUGUUUGUUUGUUUGUUUGUUUGUUUGAUUGAUUGAUUGAUUGAUUGAUUUAUAUGCCACACUAUACCCAGAGGGCUCAAGGCAGUUGUAUAGAGAUUAUGUGGAUUAUGUCACUACUAGGCAUCUAAAAAGGAUUAAUGGGGUACACAUCCUGGAUUGAAUUUAAAUGGUGUUAUGUAUAAAAGUUCUUUUGUCUGUUCUGAAUCUACUGCCAUUUAAUGUUGAUAAGAUGACAAAAUACGCGUGGGGGGGGGAUGGAGGAGGAAAAAAAUCUCUUUAUAUACUCUUUCCACACAAUGAUAUAUUUAUAAACCUCUAUCAUAUUCUCCUCAGCUGUUGGUUUCUAAGCCAAAUAACCCCAAACACACUAGUUUUUCCUCGUUGUGGUUUCAACUCCUUAAUUAUUGUGGUUGUCCUACUGAAAGCAGGUGUGGAGCAGUAGGUAGAUUGCUGCAACUGAGCUGAAGAAGCAUGGAUUCAAAUUCAAGCAUGAAGUGUAGGGCUCUUGUGGAGAUAAAGUAGCACAACCCUUAGGGUUGGUGCCUCUUUGGAGAAAGGACAAAAUAAAAAUAAAAUAAAAUAAAUCAGUGGGAUCUAAAAAUGCAUGGAUUUGACUAGAUCAUACCCUGGGGGUUUCAUUGUCUGUUCACACUCUCUUUAUUCUAUUAAUCAUAUCUAUGUUGAAAUAUUAUUUAACACAGGAUAUAGAGAAAUAGUAGUCAUUUAGAAAGUAGCCUUAUGGCUCCUUAAAGACUAACAUCUCAUAAAGGGGAUGCUAAACCAUGAAUACUUACGCUAGAAUGAAUUAGUUAGUCACUAAGGUGUCUCAAGACCCUCUGGUUUUUUCCCUGCUGCAUGGCUAGCCCCUGAAAAUUUUGGAAAAGGUAAUCUAAUUGGUCACAGUUUUGCUUACAGAAAUGUUUAUUAAUGCCUCUUCAUCUAUAAUACAAUUUUUUUGUGUAGAUGAAAAGUUGAAAAAUUCCGCAGUUGUUGAAAAGCUACCCAAUGGUGAGGUCAGUACUGAGAAGCAAAGGGAAGGUGUAGCUAAAGAAAAUGCCGACAAGAAGCCACCAGAGAGUUCAGAGGACGAAAAUAAUGAACAAAGUGACUGUGAAGUUGAAAAGAGAAUUGCACCGCUGCAGUUAAUGGGAGAGGUACAAAUCCCCCCCACCCCCCAUUAAGCAAACAGAUGUUCUGGCAAAACUAGCCUUUCCUACAGGAGGAGUAAAGUUUUGAAUUGUUGACCAAAAUAUUAUUUAAAAUCUAGAUAAUUGUAAAAGAGGUUAGAUGCAUACAAGGCUGAUUCUUAACAGAGCAUAAUAAGCAUGACUACAGUUAAUACAUCCAAAAUGGGGGGUUUUUGGUUAAAUAAAAGGAAAUAAGUCGAAAUAAGUGGAAGUCGAAUGCCUUGUGAAUCGAACGUUUUGGCUCCCGAAUACCGCAAACCCGGAAGCGCGUCUUUGGAACCCAAACGUUUGCCGCAGGUUCCACAGCUUCCGAUUGGCUGCAGGAGCUUCCUUGGUUUCCGAAUGUUUUGGAAGUCGAACAGACUUCUGGAGUGGAUUCCGUUCGACUUCUGAGGUAUGACUGUAUUUACCACUCUAGAUAAGAAGCCUCUAGAAGAAAACAGCCUAGAACAUAAGAGACUCUUCCUUCCCAGUGCUACAUUGAUGCUUGUAGAUCAGGAGUCAGCAACCUUUUUCAGCCGUGGGCCGGUCCACCGUCCCUCAGACCAUGUGGUGGGCCGGACUAUAUUUUUUUGGGGGGGGAAUGAAGAAAUUCCUAUGCCCCACAAGUAACCCAGAGAUGCAUUUUAAAUAAAAGCACACAUUCUACUCAUGUAAAAACACCAGGCAGGCCCCACAAAUAACCCAGAGAUGCAUUUUAAAUAAAAGGACACAUUCUACUCAUGUAAAAACACGCUGAUUUCUGGACCAUCUGUGGGCCGGAUUUAGAAGGCGAUUGGGCCACAUCCGGCCCCCGGGCCUUAGGUUGCCUACCCCGAUAUAGAUCAUCUGCAAUAUGCACAGUCUUUGUGAUUAUUUAGUUCACUGCAGAUGAGUUUGGUAAUGACAUACGAUGUGUGGAGGAAUGGAUCUACGUGACAAAGGGUCGUGCAUCAUGUGUCCUAAGUGUGAAAAAGUUGUCAUGCUGAAGCUGUUCAAACUGGACUUUGCAGCACAGGAUCAACACCCUUGAGUUGACUUGAGUGCAAGUUGAGUCAUAUUGGCUCGUAUUUGUAUUAAUUUGCAUACUUUUAAAUUUUCUUUAUAGUUUCUGAAGGCAAUAAUGGAGCAGAAAUACAGCCUUGCAAAAAAGCUUUGUCAGAUGAGUAAGUUCUGCAAAGGUUGUUUUUUUCCUGACUUGCAUUGUUUCUCCAAAUCUGUUUCCUAAGUUGUGACAUUCCAUUUAGUACAGUGGUGGGGAACCUUCUUCAACUGGAAGCCCAUUUUGACAAUCACAGUCAAGAACUCCAUAGUGCUGUUGAUAAGCCCUGGCAGAUGCCUCGCUUGGCAAGGAACAACCAGGAGCGCACUUUAAGGCAUAAUUGUUCACUUGCGGCCUCAUGAUGUUGGAUGAGGAGCAGAUGAGUGUGGUAUGGAGAGAUGGCCUCGCGGGCCAAAUUGGGACCCAUGCCAGGCCUCAUUAAGCCCACCAGCCGACAGUACAUUAUUCUGUUGAUAUACUUUGGACUGGUGUUUAUGUAGGAGCAAGUUCUGAAAUUGCCACACUACUCAGGGACUUGCAGGCUCCUGGAUUCUUUCUGGAAUGGUUUGCAAUAGAGAGAUCAAGAACCUGUGGCUAUGAUACUCUCUCUAUAGAUAUGAUUGUCUUUCUGCAUCCACAGGAAUUCUUUUUUGGGGGGAGGAGUCUCAAACUAAACACUCCACAUAAAUAAACAUGCAUAACAAGAAUGUUCGGACCGAGCGGGGAUGAGGCCUCAGUAAACAUGGCCUCGGAGUAAGAAGAGUCUGUCCCAACCUUUUAGUGCUACUUGUUUCAGUAUCAGAAGCUUAAAUACUGAAUAAGCAUGAUGAAUGAAAUGUGAAAGGCACAGAGGAGAAUUUGUUCCUUCUGUUUUCCUGUUUCAACCACUUCCUGUCUAAAUUAACAGAAUGGUAACUUGCCAAACCAGAUAAUAGCAUGAGGUACGUUAAUCUCAUUUAUAUAUAAAAAAAGUUAAUAGCAGCAUGGGGGCUCUGAUGAAGAUUAUGACCAUGCCACAUGGGGAAGUGGUUUUUAAACCCCCCUCCUCUUCACCACAGACUUGAUGAAAAUUGCCACCCGCAAACUAUUUGCCCCCACUUUGCAUGCCAUAUUCAUGAUUCUGGAAAAGAGUGAAAUGCUUUUGUAUGUUUCAUGUUAUCAUCUGGUUUGCCUUGAUGAAACAUAUUGGCAAGUAAUUUCUAGGGUGCUUCCAGAUCAGAGUUUGUUGUUGAAUCGGAGGUACUUUUAUGAGAAAUAUAUUUGUACUUCUGUGAAGUAGGACGAGCUAUUAUUGCAGAUUCCCAUUUUCUGUUUCAUCCUAUAGAUAUCAAUAAUGUUUCCUCCUUCCUUAUCAAAUUCCAGUUCUGAUAUAUGAACCAGAAAACCCUGAGGCCCUGCAGUUUCUUCCACUUAUUGAGAAAAAACUAGUAUUGGGUAAGUCCUAAAACUGUAAAUACUGGAUACUAUUAUACAAUUGAGAACUAUAUUAUGUUUUUUAAGCGUUUUUACAGAUUAGUGUAGAUCCAGCCAAGGAAUCUGUCCCUGAGCUCCUUUUGGCCUUACUGAAAGAAGACAUUCCAAGAGGUCCCUGUCCAUUGCUUCUUCCCUUAAGAUAUAAACACUUGCUGGAUUCAAGGAAAGCAGCACCACUAGCAAGUAACAUGGGAAGCAUGCAGAAGGGCUGUGGCUGAUGCCUGCCCCCAAAAGGAGAAUGGAGGAAGGAAGAUGGGAGCCCAUGAUGCAAGCCAGGAAAUGCACAGAUUACUCCCUGAAAAAGGAGUUGCAAGAGUGACUUACCUUUGUAUCUUUUAUAUUUCCAUGUUAGAAAGCGAACGUGCUGCUAAAGAAGAUGAAACCGGUGAAGAGAGCAGUGAAGAGGAUAGCAAUACAGAUAAAAGUGACACUGAAAGUGAAGCCAGUUCUGGAGAUUCUGAUAAAGAUGCUUAGAAAUUUGAAGAUACCACAAACGAGUGUGUUCUUAAUCAUCUUUUCUUUGAAAUGCACAUAUUAAAAUGAGCUGGAUUAAUCAGAAGAAUCCUACCCCCAAAAUACUUUCCCCCCCCCAUGCUUAACCUUGCUGUCAGUGAUCCCCUGUUUCCAUCAAGCUGUUAUUGUUACUGGCCAUAGGCAACUCCUGAAAGUUUUGUCGCUGAUGAGCAAUUUGUGAGGUGAAAAGCUCCAGGGACUAAGAUAAAAAGUGUUCCGUUCUGUUGAUUCUAGUAGCCUAAGCUUCAGGGCUAGCUGAACACACCUCUUCUUGUUACAAGACUAGUACAGUGUGUUGGCAUACAGGACCGGAGGUUUAUUGGUGUUGAAAGUACUGUAUUCAUGCAAAUCUGUUUCACCAUCAAAUCUAAUGUGCACCUCAGUUUUCAAAACCCUGAAACCAAAAAAGUAUUUGCUUAUGCCAGCAGUGUUUUUCAAGCUUGCAGUUGAAUCUAAUGCACCAUCAAAUCUAAGGUGCACCCUAAUUUCCGUGACAUAAUUUGGGCAAAAACGGUGUGCAUUACAUUCAAAUAAAUAGGUUACAAUGCAAGAGUCCUGAGGGUGCCAGGUGCAACUUUUUGCUGCAAUUUCUACGUCUCAUAACGACUCAGCUCAGCACCUAUCCUCUUACUCUCAUUUCUGCCCUCUUCCCUUUCAGCUGUACUCUCUUAAAGCACUGGCAUUUGUAAAAGCAGUGCUGACAGAGGGGUGGAUAUUUGGGUCUGUGGGGGCAUUUGUAUGCAACAAUUUCAAGAAGUAAUGAGAACUCCAGGGGACUGCAGUAUCCAUUAUCACAUUAUUUUUCAGCAGUUUUCCUGGGGCUUGUCUGUAUUUGAGGCAAUAGAGGGACGUGGGUGGUGCUGUGGGUUAAACCACAGAGCCUAGGACUUGCCA